AUGAAGCUUCGCUUGUGGGGGGGCUUACUAGGUGAUGUCUUCCUUCACCUACUACCAGAGGCCUGGCAACAUGACAUGGCAAGCACAAAAGAAGGCGAGCAUGUCUCCAUGAAAUGUGGCCUUUGGUGUUUGAUGGGUAUGCUGGUGUUCAUAAUAGUUGAAAAGUUGUUCGCGGCUGGCGAGGGAGAAGAGGAUGAGAAGAAGAACGGCUCCAUUAAGCACAUAGAGAUAGAAGAGAUUGAGAAGCUAUUACAGGCUGAGAGAAAGCAGAAGGGCGGGGCGGGUGUCUGCGGGGGAAACGGGGAGAUCUCCGCCAAGGAUUUAUACGACACUUGUGUGUUUAAUAACAACACUAAAGGUGGCGCCUGUUGCAGCAGUAUCAAUGCGACAAACGGCGCAGUUCGAUGCAAAGGCAAUCGCUGGAUGGGGCGCUGUCUCCUUCGAGAAGCAAGGGAGAAGGCCCAACAGGCUACUAAAGAGAAGAGUGAGAAAAAAGAUGUAGCAGGCUACUUAAACUUGAUGGCGAAUUCGAUUGACAACUUCACCCAUGGUCUGGCUGUUGGUGGUUCGUUUCUGGUUGGCUUCCGUGUCGGGCUCCUUACCACCUUUGCUAUUCUAGUCCAUGAAAUACCUCAUGAAGUCGGUGACUUUGCUAUAUUGUUGAAGAGUGGUUUUUCAAGAUGGGAGGCGGCGAAGGCUCAACUUGCUACAGCAUCAGCUGGUCUCAUUGGUGCAAUGACUGCUGUCAUCUUCAGUGGAGCCAGAAAUGCUAUAGAGGCACGAACAUCAUGGAUAACACCGUUCACGGCUGGCGGGUUCCUGCAUAUAGCCCUAAUAACGGUACUGCCAGAUCUCCUGCGAGAGGAGGACCGCUGGGAGUCACUUAAGCACCUCGCUGCACUUCUGGCUGGGAUAUUCUUGAUGGCUCUUAUGACGCACUACUGUUAA